CGACCCAAAAUAAAAAAAAAGAUUAUUUAACCCCACAGUACUCUAUUUCUGUUGACAGCUACGGUUGAGGGGAUGUGAGGACAAUUCCACUCCAAUUACUCAAUAAAAAGUGAAUCUAAAAAAUAAAUUAAUUAUCUUAAUUUAAUUAGACACCAAAAAAUGAGAGGGAAAAAGUUGAACAGAAAUUCUGUGUGACUCCAGUGAAUUUCGGGAAUUAAAGUGUUAGAGAUGUGGAGCUCUUGGAGAACUAUUUGAAGAAAUGAUUGGCCGAAUUAUUCAAUUAUUUUUAAAUAUCGUCGUAAUGUGUUCAAGUGAAUUCUCAGUGAGAGUUUGAAUAUUUCGACUAUUUAACAGAGUAAUCACAUUAAUUGCUCGCUCGUAAUUUCAAUUAAAAAACAAGUGGCAAACAAUUAUUCAAUGAUUUCAGUUUGACCGAAUAGAGAUUGCUGGAAAUUCAAUUCGACGAACUGAAGUGAAUUCCAUGUAAUCGUUGAGUGCUGACGAUUUAUUAAUCAUUUAUAAAAAAUUGUCAGAGGGCACCAUUCGGUUAUUUCGGUUAUUAACAAACAAUUAACGAUGGCUUUCAAACAGGACGUAAAAUUACUGAUGAAACCGUAUUAUUUAAUUAAUAUUCUCCUCAGUCUGUCGUAUAUUGUUGUGAAAAAAAUUGCAUUCAUCUGUGAAUUUGUUUUUAAUGAGGCUGAGUGUGAGUUGGAAGGGAGGGAGAUUGAGAUCCUUUUCUUCUUGGUGAUCGUCAUAUCCUUCAGGACGAGAAAGGCUGGGAGUGUCACGAUGAUUAAUUACUUGUCCUCUAGUUUUGUUUAUACCAAAGUUGCUAAUCUUCUUCUGUGGUUACACGCUGAUAUUCGAGGUGGCAUUUUGUUCGCUAUCAUUAUCACUCUUUGUGGCCUGGUCCUACCUGAGCCCACGUACCAGGGCCCCGAGAAUAUAACGUAUCUGAGAGGUGCAACUGGCCUCCAGGAGGAAUUAAACAGGGACACAAGAGUUGUCUGGAUAGUGGCAUUCUACACAGCCUGGAACCCAGCAUGUGUCAAUUUCGCCCCAACGUUUUCCCAACUGUCAGCUGAAUAUGGAUUGGAAAAUUUGAAAUUCGGAAAAAUCGACAUUGGGAGGUAUCCAGAUGUAGCAGCAAAAUAUCACGUCAGUGAUGCCAGUACGAGCAAACAAUUACCUUCGAUACUUCUGUUUAAGGAUGGAAAGGAAAUUGAACGCCGACCUUAUGCUAAUAGCAAGGGAAAAUUAGUCAAAUUUCUGUUUUCACUGGAUAAUAUAAAAGCUGCAUUUGAUCUUAAUAAUGUCUACAAAACUUGCAAGGAAAACCCCAUCAAGAGAAAAGAGAAAAAAGAUAAAAAAGCAUAAGCAGAAUAUCGAAAUGCUUGGGGAAUAUUAAGAAUCACAAAAUCUAUUCCGAGAGCAAAACACUAGCUGAAUAAUUCUAUAAAUUAUAGGUAUUUGUUCGUGUUCACAGUGUGAAUGAUAAUAAAACUCGGUUUUCUGUAAUUUCACAUUGACUGAUUCAUCAUCAAUCUUGACGUUUUAUUCGCUCAAAAUAAAGAUAAUAAUUGCUCCAUUAUGAUACAUUGAGUCUAGUCUUCAGUAGACAUUAUCUCACACAAACCAAAUGCUUUUAUUUCUUUCAAACAAAACAGAAUCAAGCCAUUGUACAUUUUAUUCUUUCAAUAAGGAAUAUAAAGUAAUUUAUGAGUAGAUUUGAA